CACAACCGGAACCUUUAUGGCUGGGUUUACAGCGGAGCUAAUUCAGGGUUGCACCGGUGUUACGAGGUCUUCCGCUCACUGUGUUUGAUAAUGUGUCGCUGCGGCCCGCCGCUGGAGGACAGCAGCUGAUUGUUGAAGGUGAGUUUCCUUCAGGUGAGGACUGACCAGCCAUGCUGCUCCACUUCCUGGUACGUCAGUCCCUCUGCUGCCCUCAGGUGUUGCUAACGCGCUGCGUCAGGACGCUGCGGUGCGACGCUGCGAGGACGCUGGACUCCCAGGCCGAGCACUUCCUGCGGCGCCGGCUCCCCCCGCCGCCGCGCUUCCACCCGCAGAGCCGAGGCAUAAAGAGCAGAAACAGGAAGUCCCAGAGCCAGGAGGAGGAGUGGAAGACCAGGAACAAGACGGUGCUGACGUACAUCGCCGCCGCCGGGGUCGGGAUGAUCGGCCUCUCGUACGCCGCCGUGCCGCUCUACAGACUCUACUGCCAGGCGUCGGGGCUCGGCGGCAUGGCGGUGGCCGGCCACGACACCGAUCAGGUGGAGACGAUGAAGCCGGUGAAGGAGCGCGUCAUCAAGGUCACCUUCAACGCCGACCGGCACGCCAGCAUGCAGUGGAACUUCAAACCGCAGCAGACGGAGAUCAAUGUGGUUCCAGGUGAGACGGCGCUGGCGUUCUACAGAGCGAAGAACCCCACAGAUCAGCCGAUCAUCGGCAUCUCCACCUACAACGUGGUUCCCUUCGAGGCGGGGCAGUACUUCAACAAGAUCCAGUGUUUCUGCUUCGAGGAGCAGCGUCUGAACCCUCACGAGGAGGUGGACAUGCCCGUCUUCUUCUACAUCGACCCGGAGUUCGACGAGGACCCGCGGAUGGCCCGGGUGGACACCAUCACUCUGUCCUACACCUUCUUCGAGGCCAAAGAGGGUCAGAAACUGCCGCUGCCCGGAUACAGCUACAACUGAGAGACUCUCUGUGAACUGAGAGACACUUUUAAUCUGAAAGGGCUCCACACAGGAAGGACUCUGUGGUUUCUGCAAAGAAACAAAAGACAACGUUGGAGAAAUUUCAGAGACUUUUGUUUGUUUGUUUGUUUGUUUGUUUGUUUGUUUGAGAGAAAGUGUAAUUAAACUGAUGAACAGAAAGAUAAUUGUUCCAGUUGAAGAUGAAUCAAUAAAUUAUUAAACAACCCGAAGAGAAAAGCAAUAAAGCAAAUAAACGUUUGUUUUGAGCCCCGA